AAUAAAUUAAAAAAAUAAAAUAAAAAUAGAUAAAAAGGUCGAAGGAUCCACAUUGUAAUAUUAUGUCAUUUUUACGAACAAUUGGAAAGGCAUGGCCGCUCAUUCAGCGUGUGCCUAUUCGAUCUAGCUGGGUAACAAGUACUUCAGCUGCAGGUCCAGCUGUCACUCGACGAUUUCAAAACAUUCAUCGCCAUUCGCUUCAUACAACUCCCUGUACUCAAUUAUUCAUACCUGCAUACUCUCAACCCGAAAAAGAGGCAAGAACAAAAGCCCCUGUGCUUCAAAACAUCCCAAUCCAAAAUGUUUGGGAAGAGUUUCUCGAACGAGUAAAGAACGACGACGACAUUACCGAAGACUACCUAAUUCUCGUCUGCCGUCAUAUUAAACGAGACGGACGUUCAGAAUCCAUCCCGAUGAUGCAAACCGUGAUGCGAGAAAUCAACAAGCGAAAAGAAGAGAAGAAUUUGGCUAAAGCAUUUACAAUCGGAUGCAACAUGCUGAUCCAUCUAUUUAUCAAUAAAGAGGAUCUUCAAUCAGCUCGUACGAUCUUUUACAGAAUGUCAAAGAUGAAUACCCAACCGAAUGAAGUUACCAUAACAACGAUGAUCAACGGUAUUGCCAAGCUUGGAACAACUCAAGACUUGCAUGACUUUUACGAGUUAUUUACUGACGAAGAAAAGAAGACAUGUUCGGCAGAUGUCUACAAACGUUUUAUUAUUGCAUUUGGAGAACGAGGUGAUCUUGCGAAUGCCCGAAAAUACCUUGAUCUGAUGUCCGAGAACAACCAAAUCAAGGAAGAUUCUCCAUACAACACCAUGCUGACAUUCUAUGAAAACAUAAAUGACCAUGCGAAGGCCGUGGAUGUAUUUGAAGCCAUGAUCAAGCAUGAUGUUAAGCCCACCGAACACACUUAUGCCAUCCUCCUGGCUACCCUCAAGAAAUGUGAAGAAAUCGAAAAAAUGGAUGAAGUUUAUCAACAUAUGCUUCAGAGUGGCACUAUCCCCAACUCUGGACAUUUGCUUGUCAUGGGAAUGAGUCCCGAAAUGGCCUUGGAUGAGCUUAGACGAUUGAACGUUAAUACAUCGACCCGUGACUACAACGCCUGUAUUGCUAUAACAGUUCGACAAAAUAGAUUUGAUCAGGCCUUAAGGAUGUUCAGGAAGAUGGCUAAAGACAAUGUGAGCCCAGAUGUGUUCAGUUAUGCUAUUGUUAUCGAUGCUAUUGCCAAGGACGACACCCAGGAUGCCGACCUUGCAUUUGAACUGUUUGAUGAAAUGAGAAACCGAGGAAUCAGGUCUGAUGUCGUUCUCUACACAUCUCUGAUCAGCUUGUGCUCUCGCAAAAAUGACAUGCCCAAUAUUAUGAGAUUGUUGCGAGAUAUGAAAGAAUCAGGAGUCAAGCCCAAUAUAUACACAAUCAACACCAUUAUUGGGUCGCUAUUGAACAAACAUAAGCUUCACCCAAAGGAUAUUGAAAUUGCAGACUCUAUGUGGACACAAAUCGAAUUGAACAACUUAAACCCAGACACUCGUACAUACAACAUGUUAAUCUCCUUACUUUCUCGUAAAAUAAAUCCGACUCGAAAGAUGGGCGAUCCAUACAUACAGAACAAUAAAUACGAGGAAAUGCCUUUCGAGAUGAAGCGUAUUCUUAGAUUGUUUAAAGAGAUGAAGUCAAGAAGAAGUAAAUCAACUCGACCUGAUUUCAUUACCUAUACAGUCGUGAUUAACUCCCUGGUCGGCUGCGGACAACUUAAACAAGCAGUACUGCUACACGAAGAGGCCAGGUCAUACCGAAUUAAUCUGUCAUUAAGCGCAUACAACAAUUUGAUGGAUGGGUUGGAAAAGACAUCGCAGAUGACACAAGUAAUGACAAUCUGGCAUUACAUGAAGACCCAAAAUAUUCUUCCAGAUGAUGAUACCUAUGGAAUCGUACUAGAGUCCUGUCGCACACUUGGUUUGACUGAUGCUUUCUCCAGCAUUCGUAUGCAGCGCAAAGCAGACUUUGCUCGUCUAUCAGAGCUAGAUAGCAUAAGGGCAAAGCGUCCAGGACAACUUUCAAUGAUGUAGCGCCGACUUUGUCAAUCAUACAUACACACAUUAUCAUACUCACUCACGCACACACUCACACACACUCAAGGAACCCACUCUAAUUAGGAGAUCUGUUUUAAUUUUAUUUAAACGAAUUUAGAAUAGUAAAAAUAGACAAAAAUCAUCCAAUUCUAGAAACUCAAAUCUUAUUUUAAAUCUUGUUCCAUGUUGCACCAAAGCUACCUCCACUAUUUCCCUAAUAUGUUAAGCUUUAAUACUUUGUUUGUACUGGUUUAAUACAUACAUACAUACAUACAUACAUAAAUACAUAAAUACACACGCGUACACAUAU